AUGGACGCGAGUGACAGUUCCGAUACGGAGGAUUCCUCCAUGAGCGAUGACACAGUGGGGAUGCAAAUAGACCAGGUGAGCAACCGAAAUAUGCUCAAGCUGAUUCUGCGGAACACAGAUGACCUCAUCAAAGAUGAUUCCAAUAGGCACCACCUAUUGCAGGCGCGGCUCACCCGGUUGGGAACACGGAAUCGCAAUCUGGGCCACAUGUGCGCUCGAGAGCCCUCUCGGAAGUUCCCUAAGUUCGGUAACCUGCCACACAAGCUUCGCUGCCGCAUCUGGGACUUCGCGAUCCCGCAGAGAUACUUUAUGGCCACCGACUUCUGUGCCUUCGGCCAUGUAACGCAGCGGCCCCCCAGCGUCGCCCAUGCUUGCAGCGAGUCGAAGGCCGUAGCGACUCGGCAUGGUGCCUUGUGGAAGGUGCGCCAUGGGCGUCACGCGCAGUGGACGUGGUUUCAGGCCGACCGGGACGUAGUCGUUUGGACCAACGAAGGCGACCUGGGAGAUCUUCCCAAAGUUGUCGAGACCAUAGUGAUCCCGGGAAGCAGCCUCAAGGCCGACGCCGACAAGGCGUUCCAAGAGCUGAUCUGGGAGGCAGGUUUCCGUAACCUCAAGGCGAUCUACGUCGAAACGGGCGAUGAUUUUACCAUGGUCGACAGGGAAUGGAGCCCUACGGUUGUGUCAGAGUUGUUUGGCUUCAACAAGAUCGUGCUGCCGGAUCAACCUAUUUCUGACGACACAGCUCUGAAUAUCAGCAAAUUCCUUGAGCGUGAGAAGGAUACAAGCAACACACCAGAAGAAAUACUUGAGUAUUGGAACAAGACCCGAUACACGGAUCGAGUCUCUGGCAGGAUCGGUGUGAUCAACCGUCCCAAGGAGGUCAUGCUCAUUCGUCGUGGUACUCGGACCGCUGGAGGGGGUGUUAUCUUAGCGUACUGUCGGCGACAUCUCGAGACUAAGUCACUAUUGUAG